AAUAUAGCGAAGAGUUCACAUGAAUGUGAAUAUUAAGUGUAUUGGAGAGUGAGAGAGAUAUUUCGUAAAGUAUGUAGGCCGUGACGUCAAGUGAAGAGGGAGAAAGAUUGAUGCAAAGUUUAUAAGUAGGGGCCACUCACGGGCAGAAGUCUCAAUCCAGUUUCAGCGGUUAACGACUUGAGACUCUCUUUGGUUUUAACACAGCUCACUGUAAUUCCGCGCGCAAUAUUAAUCAACAUACAUACAUUUAUAUAUAUAUAGAUAUUGUGUCUAUACUAUAUGUAUAGAUAUAUAGUGAGUGAAAGAGAGGGAAGAAGCAGCAGCAAUUGUAGUGCGAAUUAGUGUAAUGCUGAAUGGAGUAGAGUGAGAGAAAAGAAGAGGGAGAGAGGAAUAAGUGAGACAGUCCAACUAUACUCUUGAGGAAUUGGAUGAUGUAUCGAGUUUGGAUUUGAGAGGCACCUUCUUAUGAGUUUUUUUUUAAUGUCUUCAACAUCAAUUGAACCGUUGCUGAUGUUUGUGUAUUUGUGAAAAGUUUUUUUCAUCUUUGAAUAAGAAAACAUUUUCACACAACCUACAAUAGAUUGUCGUGGAUUUUUUUUUGGACAGAGUAGAGUAAAGAAAUAAUCGUGGUGGAAGUUGCACAGAGAGUCAAAGAUAGAAGAGAAAAAAAAAGUGUGAGCGGAGGUGGAAACUAUAUAUGUGGCGUCAGGAAAAGAGACAAAGGAAGUACAUAAGAAGGAAUAAGGAGUAAAGCAGCACAAUUACACACCAGCAGUGAGUGGUGGACAGAUGAGAGUGCGCAUGAAAGAGAAUAAUAUAAAGUGGCGGGAAAAGGAAUAAAAAUAGAGUGAGGACUUUAUAUGUGAAGGGGCGACGUACCAACAAAAAAAGGUGGAAAAGAGAUCAAUGGACAUAUUUUUUGGAUCACCCAAUUGAAGACGUAUACAACCAAAUACAAACGUAUUUAAAAAAAAAAAACUCCAGAUGGUGACUUUGAUGUGGAGCAAGUGAAAUGCAAAAUAAAUUCAUAUAGAGACUUGAAGGAGUGACAAGUCAAGGUGCACCGAGAAAUACAAUAGGAGUGAAAAAGAAGGCUUCAUUGUUCAACGUUGUGUUAUUGAGAAAUUAUCACCAAACACGUAGACAAUAUUUUUUUGUGUUCUUGUGUGAAAUAUACGCCAACUUAGUCAUUUUCUUCGGAGGAUUAUAUUUAUAAAUUUUUUUUUAAAGACGACGGUGCUGCUCAAAAAAAAACUCGAGAGAUAUGCAAGUGUGUGAGAGACUGAAAAUUUUCCUCUGACUCAUUCUUAUCGCGUUGACGUCCUCGAAUAGAGAAGCAUUUACCAACGAAAAAAAAAGUGACGAAGAGCAGUGUGAUUGCUCAAAUACACAUACUCCGAGAAAUUUUAUGUAAUGCCUGGAUAUACUUUGGAGGAAAAAUUUGUGAUUCACAACUAAGUUGGGUAAAGCGAUAAAAUCAAUAAGUUGGAAGAACAAGAAAAAAUUGGAAUUACAUCACAUUGGAUCAGUUUGCAUUUGGAUUGCAGUGUAAAAGGAUAUUUAAUUAACAAUUUAAAUUAAUUUAUAAAGGAAAAAAAUAAGGAGAAGGUGCAUUUAGAGAAGCUAAAACAAAUACAGGAAGAUUUAGAUUCCUUAAAGUAUAAACAAAACUAAGAUUUUUUAAACAAAAAAUCUGAGAUUCCUGACGAAAGGAUCGUCCUGAGAAAAAAAGAAAAACAGAAGAAUUUCAACGAAAACAGAUUAAGUGAACGAAAGAACAAUUCUGGCGGGUAAUACCAUGGCAGCCGAAGCACAAAGAUUGAUUGGGAUAUCGCUGAGUAAGAUUGCUCAGUCGCGUAUGGAACGCGGUGGUAUUUCACUGCAUAAGAACCUGUUAGUGGCUACAGUACUGCAGAAGGCGCGAAUAAUAUUCAUGGAGGAGGCGUAUCACAUGGUACACGGACAUUACCCCCAUGAGCAGGCGGCGGCGGCAGCAGCGGCCAUUUCAGCGGCGGCAGCACAAAUGCGUAAUCGCUACUUCUGUGAACAACAGGAAGCACUAUGUCGUAGCUACAAGGAGCAACAUCAACUAAUUAUACGACGUGAUGGGGAAAUGAUGGAAAGGGAUGAUGAUGCCGAUGAGGAGCACGAGGAUGAUGAUGAGGAUGCAGAAGAGGACACCGAAAGGACAUGUGCCACCGAGGAGGAUGAUGGAACACCCAAUGAUGAUGUUGAUGACAAAGAGAAUGAGGCACCAAUUGAACUAACAUACUAUGACCUCGAUAAUCACAUUAAAAUCCGCGAUAAUCCCAAAAGGAGACGUGAUAUAGCUGAGUGGGAAACAGAAGAAGCCGUCUUGUCCAUUCUACCGAAAAAAGUGUGCCGUAGCGAGGAAAAAAAUGUGGAUUUGUCGACGUCAUGUACGACCCCAGAGGCGGAAAGUACGUCAACACCGUCAUUUUUGGAUGAUGAUGAAGGGGAACAAAGUGCAGUGGGGGAACCCAUGGAAAUAAGUCGAAUAACAUCACUUGUAUCCAUCUUUAGUUUUGGUAGUCUCACAAGGCAAUCACCUGUGGUGUCCCCAGCAACAGCGGAUUUGCACACAUUUUGCACAAAGAAUGCCACAAAUACAUCGAGUGUUGCGAUGACGGCAUGAAGAAGGCUGCUCAUUCGCGAGAUUCUAAUUUCAAUGGGAUAUACCGUUAGCACCAGAGCGGUAUUAGAUGAUGAUUUCGCGGCAAGAAAUGGAUCUACAUUUUGGCGCGAAAUGUGGGGAGAAUUGUGCUACAAGAAUCUUGUAAUGUUGAACUCUGUUUUAGGAGUUACUCCAGAGGGGGGAGAAACAACUUUGCCACAUGAGAUAUAGAAACAAUUGUGAAUGUGUGAGAAAGUCUCAUUGUAUUUAAAUUAUAUAUACAUAAAUAUAUAUAUACAAUAUUGUAGGUAUACAAAAAAAGAGAAACAUAAAAUAGUAAUGUUGUCCAAUGUCUCAAGAAAACUUGCAACAGAGGGCUUUUUUUAAAUGAAAAAAUAAAUUAAUUGUCUCUUUUUAGAAUUAAUAUAAAAUGCACACACACAAAUUAGGCAGAAAAAAAAAGAAUUCUUGUGUAAAUGUUUUGUGAGACAAAAUUUGUGAAAGCAAGAAUAAAAAAAAUGUAUUUUCUAUAA